GGCUGCGCCACAGGAUCUAGUGGACACUCGGCUUCUGGCGAAGCCGAAGGCGUUCGGAGGCAGCGAGGACGAGUGGCCGGGAUGGAGCUUCAAGAUGCUCGCGUACCUCGGGGCCCUCGACGAGAUAAUGGCCAACGAGCUGACGGCGGCUAUGACGUUCCCGCUGGAGGAGGUGAGGAACGCGAGGCUCCUGGAGGAAGGAGCGAGCCAGCGCAGUCGUCAGUUGUACUUCAUCCUCGUCCUGCUGCUGGAAGGAGCUGCACUCCAGCUGAUCAAGCCGGUCGGCGUCGGAGAAGGGUAUCGGGCGUGGAGGGCACUACAAGACAUGUACGAGCCCGACAGACCCGGUCGCCACGCAGGACUGCUGCAGGAGCUGAUUGCGUUCCAGUUCCCGGAGGACAACAUCGUGGGGACGCUGGCGGACUUCGACUUCAAGGUCACGAAGUACGAGAGUCAGAGCCACGAGAGGAUCGGGGACAGGAUCAAGAUGGCGAUCCUUCAACGGGGGAUUCAGGACGAAGCUCUUCGAGCGCACCUGGUCCACAACGCGUCGAGGCUGGUCACGUGGGAGCUCAUGCGCAACGAGGUGCACAUGGUGAUCUCGACGAGGAGCGCCAUCUCAUCAGUGCCGCCGCCGGUCCCGAUGGACACGAGCGCCGUGGAGAAGGCGAGGCGCGAGCGCGACAAGGGCAAAGGAAAGAAGGGCAAGGAAGGCAAAGGCAAGAAGGGCAAGGGCGGCGACAACUCCACGGACCAGAGGAGCCAGGCGGCCAAGGACAGGGCCGAGAAACGGUGCUUCCACUGCCACAAGACCGGUCACAUCAAGAGCGAGUGCAGGAAGUUCCUCGCAGAGCAGAAGAAGAAGAAGGGCACCAACGCGGUCGAGCAGGAGUCGAAGCCGACGGGAGCUCCGCCAGCGGCGAGCGCCGCGGGGAGCGCGGCGCCGGUGAUGGCGAUCGCGACCGAGGGCGGGGCAGAGCCACUUUGGUGCCUCGCGAUCGAGCUGGAGGAAGGGCAGGAGUCGUCGUCGACUGGAGCAGCAGCGACGCCCUUAGCACCAGCGACGACAGCGAUCCACCUACGUUCGAGCGAGCCGUCAUCAGGCACAGCGCAGCCGAGGCAGCCAUUCUUGGUCGGUGCCAGCCCGAUCGAGCAGCUGAGCCAGCCAGGGGCAGCAAACGAGCACGAGACGUUCGAGAGCAAGGAGAUCAUCGGUAUCAAUGAGCACUGGGUCAUGGUGGAUUCGGGUGCUGCGCGAUCGGUGUGUCCGCCGAGUCACGGGGCCCACGAGGCACUCAGAGGCCUGAGCGAGCGCAUCCGGCUGGUCGGAGCGAGCGGCGACGACAUCCCGUGCCACGGCGAGCGCUUCGUCACGUACACGAAGGACGGGCACAAGAUCGGGGUGGACUACAAGGUCGCCGACGUCAAGAGGCCGGUGCUGGGCGUGUCGCAGGCGGUCGACAAGGGCACGUCGUGGGUAUUCACGCCGAGCGGGAGCUACAUGAUCCCGAAGCCGAUCGAGUUCUCGGACCCGGACGCCGUGCCGCUGGUCAGGCGCAACGACUUGUUCUACCUCAAGAUGGACAAGUACGGUGAAGGCGUCAAGAACUCGCUCGUCAUGCCGGUGCGGGGCGAGGAGCCGGGAGGCGAGGCCGGCGGCGCAUCAGCUGCGUCCAGGGCAGCGGCGAGAGCCGCGCUCCAGGGCGGCGGCGGAGGAGCUGCCGCGACUCACGCUCAGGCCGAGGCGAGCGAGCCGGCAGCGCAGGCAGUGCUCGAGGAGUCCGUGCCGGUUCGAGUCAAGAAGGAUCCGGUGAAGCCAAGCCUGGCCGAGCAGAGGACGCACGAGCUGGUGCACAUUCCGGCGAGGUCCUGGUGCUGGGUGUGCGUCAGAUCCAAGUUCACGGACGACCCGCACUACAAGGCCGGGCACGAGCGCACGGGCGACGAGGUCCAGAUCGACUAUUACUUCCUGGGCCAGCUGAGCAUCCUCAACAUGGUGCACAUGAACUCCCAAGCUAUUCAUGGCAUCAUGGGGCCGAAGGGUACCGACGCCUACAUGGUCAAGACAGCGGUCGCCACCAUCGAGAACUGGGGGCUGGAUCGCAUCGUGCUGAAUCACGACCAGGAGGCGUCGAUCACGGCCCUGGCGAGGGAGAUCAAGGCUCAGCGGAAGGCGCCCACGAUGGUCGAGUCAGCUCAGCGGGCUAACCAUCAGGGAGUCGGCGGAGUGGAGCGCGCCAACGAGGAGCUCGGCAAGCAGAUCAGGGCGCUGCUGUUCUCGGUGGGCGACAACUACAAGCGGGAGCUCCCAGCCGAUCAUGGGCUUCUACCUUGGCUCAUUCGGCACGCUGGCUGGCAGCUCAACCGCUUCACGGUGCACGGCAACGGCAAGACGACCUACGAGGUGCUCAAGGGGAGGCCAUAUCGGGGCGAGCUCGUCAACUUCGCGGAGUGCGUCUGGGCGAGGGGCCCCACGCCGACCUCCAAGCUGCAGCCUCGGUGGCACGCGGCGGUGUGGCUGGGCAAGACAGAGGUUUCGGACGAGCACCUGGUGGCGGGUCCAACGCGCACGACGAGGGUGCGCACGGUGAGACGGCGACCGGAGGGCGAGCGGUUCGUGCUGGAGGAGCUGGACAAGUUCGCUGGGGUGCCGUGGGACAUGCGCCGGGCUCCACAGAUCGGCAUCGUGCCGGCGGGAGCGCCCCAGGUGGAGCCGAAUCAGCAGCGGCUGAUGCCGCCACCUCCGCCACCGCCAGUGGUCUUACCGGCUGCGGGCCCGGAGGCGCUGGUGCCACCAGCGAUGGUCGGGCCGGCGCCGCCCGCGGGGCCAGGAGGCGCAGGGCUGAGGUCGACGUACAUCACGAGGGCGUUGAUCGACAAGUACGGCUGGACCCCCAUGUGCCCGAGGUGCGUCACAGGCAUGGGAUCGCACAGUGAGGAGUGCCGGAAGAGGAUCGAGAACGAGCUGCGCAAGGAGGAGAUGGCCAGGGCAGCGGCGGGGGCCGCGCCCUCGUCGGCAGCGGCGGGAGCUGCGCCGACGCCGGCGGCGGCUGGGGCCGCGCCGGAGCCAGCGGCUGGAGCUGGAGACGGCAGGCCAGGAUCGUCCGGGGACGCCAGCAUGGCACCUCGCGAUGACCAGGGCGAGGCGGCGGCGAAGAGGCCGCGCCAGACAGCGGCGAUCACAGUCGGGUCGCUCGCGGUCGGGGCCUUCGUGGAGAUCAAUCCCUACACGUACGAGGGCCUGGACCAGCAGUCCCACGAGGAGCUCGAGACGGUCACGGAAAUCGAGAGCUGCGAGCCGCUGGAGAUCGGGAUGUUCGAGGUCAGCCCCGUCGAGCCGGCGGCGAUCACGGUCCUGCCAGACACGGAGAAGCACGUGUACGACGCGAGGAGCGGGAAGGAGCUCCCCAGGGACCUGGUCAGGCGCGGGCGCGAGGCCGAGAUCGAGGAGAUGCGGCGACACGGCGUCUUCGAGGAGGUCCGCGUGGCUGAGAGCCGGGGCAAGGUGGUGCGUUUCAAGUGGGUCGAGGACCUGCGCACCAAGGACGGCACCUCCUUCGUCCGGUCCCGAGGCGUCGCCAUGGAGAUCAACACGUACGGCCGAGAGGACUGCAACGCGGGCACGCCGCCGAUCGCCAUCGUCAGGGCGAUCGUCUCCUUGGCGGCGACGAAGAAGGGUCGGGGGCAUCUCUCGGUGCAUGACGUGCACGUGGCGUUCUUCCACGCCGACCUCGACGAGUGGAUCGUCGUCAUCCCGCCUCCAGGACUUAGGAGAGACGGGUACGUGUGGCAGCUCCGGAAGGCCAUGUACGGCACGCGCAAGGCGGCACAGGCUUGGCAGGAGUACGUGGCCGGGGUGUUCAAGAAGAACAACUGGACGCGCAUCGCGGUGGCGGCGGGCGUGUACCACGAGUCUCUCUUGGACAUGACCUCGGCGAUCCACGGUGACGACAUCCUGACCGAGGGCGAGGAGGAGUCCCUGGAUGUCCUGGACCAGCAGCUGAUGGCGAGCAUGGACGUCAAGUGCAUCGGUCGUGUCGGGCCGGAUGGCGUUCGCGAGCUCCCAUACCUCAAGCGCAAGAUCAGGUGGACGGGCAAGGGGUUCGUCUGGAUCGGCGACACGAAGCACGUGACGAGGUGCGUGGAGCUGCUGGGCCUUACGGAGUGCAAGCCGGCGGACACGCCUGGGAGCAAGGCCACGGGCAAGAGCGUCCGGGAGGCGCUGGAUCCACUUCCGCACGACGAGGCGAAGCUCUACCAGCAGGUCGCGGGGCUCGUCAACUACGUGGCGGUAGACAGGCCGGACAUCCAGUUCGCGGUGAAGGUGAUCCUCACGGAGCAGGAGAUGCCCAAGGCGGUUCUCUACGAGACGGACUCGGACUGGGCAGAGGAUGAGAUCACGAGGAAAUCGACCAGCUCCGUGUACGGCUUCUUCGGCAGCCACCUUCUGGAGACCCAGCAGCGGGAGGCCGAGUUCUACGCCAUCGGCCGAGGCGCGGCGAGUGCGAUCAUGAUGCGGCAGUUCUACCAGCAGUGUGGCAUCGAGGUCGCGUCGAAGGUUCACAGCGACUCGAAUGCAGGCAGGGCGAUCGCGACGCGGAUCGGCAGUGGCAAGGUACGGCAUCUACAGAUACGAGAUCUGUGGGUGCAGGAACGAGUCAGGCUCGGCGAGUUGCAGCUCGGGCGAGUCGACACGGAGAGCAACAGGAGCGACUUGGGGACCAAGCAUCUGGACGGCAAGCGGGUGCUCAAGUUGCUGGAGAUGUCCAACCUGCGGCUUCUGACCAAGGGGCUCGCCGCAGGCGUGGGCGUCACUUUCACGGAGGCGGCCGAGCACGGGGACAAGCAGUGCUCCGCGGCCGCUGACGAGGAGGUCGAGUCGAACAUCGGCUCGAUCGGUCCCGCCAUGAUCGUGUUCAUCAUCGUGCUGGUGCUCGCGGUCAAGGGCGCAGUUGAGUGCACGAGAGGGGCGGUGCAGCUCUUCUCAUCUAGGGCGGCGGGUGCUGCCCCACCAGCGGGAGCGGCGAGGGCUGCCCCGCAGGCCGACGGCACGGCGAGGCCCGAGGCGGCGUCGAAGGACGCGCCUGAGGGGCAUGUCGUUUCUCGGGCAGCGGCGAUAGCUGCGCCUGAGCGGGUCGCCGAAGGGCGAAACCUCGGUUCGGAGUACUUCGGGAAGAUGCUGGCUGAGGCCACCGUGGCAGAGCUCAAGGAGGAGCUCAGGUGGCGGAAGCUGCCGGUGAGCGGCUUGAAGGCGGACCUCAUCGUUCGUCUGACGAGGGACGGCGGCCAGCACAUGGCCAGCAGUGAGGGGCUGGCUGCAGCGGCGUGGGCCGCGCGGCUGGUUCCAGGCAGGGUGCCUAUCCGGGCGUUUCGCUCGGAUGCGAGCUUGAGCUCGCACCUAGGCGCGCUUCUCAGCAGCACGAGGUAG